AUGAUAUUUCUCAAAGUCUCAUCAUGGAAUAAGGUACUGAGGUUUGGUCAAAAGGGAAAGCUAAGCCUUAGAUUGAUUGGGCCUUACCAUAUACUAAAAUACGUUGGACCAGUUGCCUAUCAACUUGAGCUACCUUCAAAGUUGGACCAGAUCCAUGAUGUAUUUCACGUCUCUAUACUGAGGCAAUAUUACUCUGAUCCUACGCAUAUCGUCACUACUAAGGAGACUACUGCUAGGCCAGAUCUGACUUUCGAGGAAGAACCAGUUAAGAUAAUAGACCAUGAUGUGAAAGUUCUGAGGAGAAAGACUGUGCCACUGGUUAAGGUGCUAUGGCGUAAUCACAGUUCUAUAGAAACCACGUGGGAACCCGAAGAGGCGAUGCGACAACAAUAUCCUCCACUAUUUUGA